UCGUUGUGAACACAAAUACCGUGAAAAAGAGCAAAAAUAUUGUUUUUCUAUAAAAUAAAAAUUGAUUUCAAAAGGAAUACACACAUCGCAUUAAAAUGGCUUUUCAUUCGGUGGUAAUUAUGGAAAAACCACUGCAGCAUAUUUCUCUGGCUGACUGGAAUGCACGAGUUGCUCGUCUGCGAAAUGUGGCCGAUUCCCGUCGUGCUGACGCCUUCGCCUUGCGUCAUUCCUCCCGUACGCUUCGGAAUGAGACGCGCAUCGAGGGUGACUGGGCGAACUAUGAAACGAAUGAGGCGUUGACUGAUCGUAUUGCACAGCUGAAUAGCUGGCGUGAGGUUAUCUCCAAGACCUUUGAGCGCAUUGAACUCGAAAUUAAAUCGCUGCAAGAGGAAAAGGCUUUGACCGAGCGUGAGCUGGACGCACUGACUGCGCCCAUAUCUGUAAUGAGCGAGGUGCUCACCAUGCGUGAUAGCCGCGUCGGCUCCGAGAUGACAUAUGAUGAGCCGGACAAGGAGAUCAAGAACGAACUAUACGUUUUGGAGAACAAUCAGCGAUUGUUAGCGGACCGUUGUCAGAAGGCAUGGGAGAAGUUGACACGCUUGGAGGAGGUGCGUUACAAAAUUGGCAUGGAGAUUGAGAACAAAAUAGAGGCAGUGGAUCUUGACAAUGUGCAACUUGCGUUAGACCGUAAUUCAGCCACAUUGUCCUAUAAGCCGGAUCCCUUGCGUAAUCCCAAGAACUGUUGCUCCUAUGAAGCCUGGCUGGGCCAUGUGAAGAACAUGAAACAGCUGGCCGAAAAUGAGUUGGCUGAUACAUCAGCUAUACGUGAGGCGCUCUUCGUGUGCCGUGAGAAGGCCCGUAACAUGUUGCAGGCGCAACAGGAACGUGCGGAGCACUCCAUACGUAAGCGCAUCUUUGAGACUCAGCGGGCGCGUAACGAGCUGGAGUGGCAGCAGCUCAAGAUGAAGGAAGAAAUGGAGAGUGCUGUGUGCGAGAUUAAGACGCUGGAGGAUGCGCUGCGUGAUAAAUCGGAUUCAUUGAAGCUGGCUGAGACGCGUCUGGACAAUCGGGCACAGCGUAGUGGCAUGGAGCUGUGCCUCGAUCAUGCACAUGAUCUGCUCUGCACGGAGGUUGAGAAGUUACGCGAAAUACGUCGUUUGCUCAAGGCUAAAAUCGAUGACGCCAAGGCCAAUUUCAAUUUGCUAUCGGAUCAUGCCCAGAAGAUCGAUGUGGAUCUAGAAAACAAGCAACACUCGUUGAUGACAGACAUUCGUGCACUGGACUUGCGUCUGCGUCUUAAGGGCGGCGAGUAUGGACUGAAAGUGACGAAUCCAAGUGCCCAGACUGAUCGCAAUAUUGUACUCACCCGCAUGGAGCAGGAGAUACCCAAGUCCUGAAACUGCUAAUAUUUUCGAU